AUUUUCUAAAGAAUUGCAAGCUCAUUGCAAACGGAACAGAAAAGAAGACUUAUUUUGGAUAUAUUUGAAUCAGACGUUGCACAAUGGCCAAGCAUUCAACAGCCGUCGACAAUGAAGAGCUGGAACUGGUUUUCGGCGAGGAUAUAGAUGAGCAUGGGAACGCAGUCGGAGACAGGGUCGAAGGUGAAGAAGGAGACACAGUUGGAGGUGGAAAUGAGGUUGAUAAAAAAUCAGAUUUCGGCGAGGAUAAAGAUGAGCACGGAAAUAAAGACAUCGACCAAGGUGGAGCUGCAGGUAAAGUUGAAGACGCCGAUGGAAAAGGUCCGAAAGACAAGGACGACGAAGGCAAAAACGGAGAUGAAAAAGAAAGCGAAAAGAAAAAUAAAAAAUAUGAGAUUGCGGAUGCACGGGCCACGAUGCAACUGAUGCACGCGGAGAUCAUACGGAUUCGACAGGAGUUGAUGAUCAUGCAGCGCCGCAUGCAGCUUAUGCGGCUUCAGAGACGAAUGCGCAUCCUGGAGGUAGGGCAGCGGCUGCACCGAUUCCUGAUGAGCAUCCGGGUGGAGUGCAAGCGCUUUUGGGGAAUGUAGUCAUCCGGCUACCUUGAGCUGGAGUUACAGAUACCAAGACUUUAAGGAAUUUCAGACCACGCAGGAGAGGGACGUGGCGACACGGCAGAGUGCUGAAAGGAUCCUUCCACAAUCUAAAAAUGUUACGUAACGUUAAAUACACAAAGCUGACGAAUUGAAUUUUUCAUGAAGUUCUCAAAUUCGGCUGCCUUA